AGGAAUCUUCUGGAGGAGGAUUCUGAUGAGGAGGAAGACUUCUUUCUGAGGGGGCCCUCUGGACCCAGAUUUGGACCUCAGAACGACAAACUGAAGCAUGUGCAGUCUCAGGUGGACGAGGUGAUCGACGUGAUGCAGGAGAACAUCUCCAAGGUGAUAGAGAGAGGAGAGCGACUCGACGACCUGCAGGACAAGUCAGAGAGCCUAUCAGACAAUGCAUCGGCAUUCAGCAGCCGAGCCAAACAGCUGCACAGGAGGAUGUGGUGGAGAGACAUGAAGAUGAAGAUCAUAAUUGCUCUGGUAGUCGUCGCUCUGCUGCUCAUCAUCAUCAUUCCAGUGAUCAUGCGAUACCGCUAGUGUUUGACCAAGAGGACAAGGACAUCCCUCCUCUUCCUCAUCUCUCUCUCUCCUCUGCACACAGUCCUUCACUCCAUCUAGGGGGCGCCAGCCAGCCUCCCACUCCUCCCUCAGUGUCAGCCCCUGUACCCUCCUUAACUUAACUCCUCCUCAGUAUAGAUCUGAUUAAUCUGCUGUGAGAUCAGUACUAAGGCUCAGUCUGAAUCUCCCCUGCAGAAAGGGAUCAUGGGAAAACUGGGGAGGUGUGUAAAUGCAGUUCCGGAGAAAAUCGCUGCCUCAUGACGGAGGGAUUCAUUCCAUCACCAACCUCACAUUUAAGCUCCAGUCUCUGCUGUAAACACAAAAACUCCUCACAUAGAUAUUAACUGUAAACUAGCUGCUCUGUAUCUGCAGCACACUCGUAUAGAAAAUGCUCACACAUUCAGCAGAUGAACCUCAGAUGGUUCCCAUGAUGCCCUGUGUGCCAUCCUCUCAGUGGGGGUGGGGCUUUAAAGGGAACAUUUUUUGAACACAAGGUGAGGGAACAUCUGGGGGUCAUCUGCAGUCUUUGAAUCAUCCUGAUUUCACAUGUCAGGUGUGUUUCCUGGUCAGCUCAGAUGGUUGGAUUUAAGAAAGACUCACCGUCUGCUCUCCGACAUUACUCUCCUCCAUAAAUCUGAGCUCCUUCUGUACAGGCGGGCCAUUACACCCAAACAUCCAGGUUUAAGAAUGUCUCCUCCCCUUCCUGCUGCUCUGUGCCCAGCUCUGGACCUGUUUGGUCACGACUGACGGUUCUGUUUGGUUUUUAAACUGUCUUUAAUUCGGCUUCUGUGUUUCUUCACUGUGGUUACUCCUGCUCGCUCGGUGUGAUGCUGUGUGGAUGCUGCUGUUUAAUCUGAAGGGACAGUUUGUCUCUGCACUGUUAUGUCUGAGGAUGCUGAGCUGUUGAACAAACUUAGUGACAUUAAUUAACUGUAUAAAUCUUCAUUUUAUUAUUGAAUGUAAUU